AAUAGAAGAGAAGAAGAAGAAGAAGAAGACAACUAGCCAGGGAUCUGCUAAGAAGUAGCAGUUUGCGACUUCCUUUGUUUUUGACCAUUGUGUCAUUGCGAGGUUUGGGACAUGGCUGAAAAGGAGGUGUACGAUGAUGCAGUGGAAGAAAGGGUCAUCAAUGAAGAAUACAAGAUCUGGAAGAGGAACACUCCAUUUCUGUAUGACCUGGUCAUGACCCAUGCCCUGGAGUGGCCCAGUCUGACUGUGCAGUGGCUUCCAGAUGUCAACAGGCCAGAGGGGAAGGACUACACAGUCCACCGGCUGGUUCUGGGGACCCACACAUCAGAUGAGCAAAACCAUCUUGUAAUAGCCAGUGUCCAGGUACCAAACGACGAUGCCCAGUUUGAUGCAUCACACUACGAUAGUGAAAAAGGAGCAGAGUUUGGCGGGUUUGGCUCAGUGAGUGGGAAAAUAGAGAUUGAGAUCAAGAUUAACCAUGAAGGAGAGGUGAACCGAGCACGCUACAUGCCCCAGAAUCCCUGCAUUAUUGCCACCAAAACUCCCACAUCUGACGUUCUGGUCUUUGACUACACCAAGCACCCAUCAAAGCCAGAUCCCAGUGGGGAAUGCAGUCCUGACCUGAGGCUCAAAGGUCACCAGAAAGAAGGUUACGGCCUUUCCUGGAAUCCAAACCUCAGUGGGAACCUGCUCAGUGCCUCUGAUGACCAUACCAUCUGUCUGUGGGACAUCGGUACCGGCCCUAAGGAAGGAAAGAUUGUCGAUGCUAAGACCAUCUUCACUGGUCACACCGCAGUUGUGGAAGACGUGUCAUGGCAUUUACUCCAUGAAUCCUUGUUUGGCUCCGUUGCUGAUGAUCAGAAACUAAUGAUAUGGGACACGCGUUCCAACAACACUUCUAAAGCCAGCCACUCUGUUGAUGCUCACACUGCUGAGGUCAACUGUCUGAGCUUCAAUCCCUACAGCGAGUUCAUUCUUGCUACAGGUUCUGCAGAUAAGACUGUUGCAUUGUGGGAUCUAAGGAAUCUCAAACUGAAGCUCCACUCUUUUGAGUCCCACAAGGAUGAAAUUUUCCAAGUCCAGUGGUCACCUCACAAUGAAACCAUCCUGGCCUCCAGCGGUACUGACCGACGUCUCAACGUCUGGGAUCUCAGUAAAAUUGGGGAGGAGCAGUCUUCAGAGGACGCUGAGGACGGCCCACCAGAGCUUCUGUUCAUUCAUGGUGGCCACACGGCCAAGAUAUCGGACUUCUCCUGGAACCCCAAUGAACCCUGGGUCAUCUGCUCCGUGUCCGAAGACAACAUCAUGCAAGUCUGGCAGAUGGCAGAGAAUAUCUACAAUGAUGAGGAGCCAGACAACACACCCGCAUCAGAACUGGAGGCUCAAGGAUGAUGAACACCCUGACCAACUAAUCUGCCACCACCUGGACCUGGCUGCCUCCUGAUCCAAUAAUUUGUGAAAUGUCAGAGCAGCCUGUGCCCUCUCUAGUUCACACUUGAAUUUGGUGUCAUUCCACUGGCCCCUGACGGCCAGGGCUCUGAACAGAAGCACAGAUUGGUAAUGCUGUUCCCCUUCAAGUGUUUUCUCUUCAGUAUUAUGAAAAACAUUUUGUGGUAAAGGGCUUUAGAAAAUAUUGUUCAUAAAGUUAUUUUUUCAGACCCACUAAGUUCACAGGAAAACAUGAUACCACAACAUUAAGAUGAAUGUUUGCAGCUCUUGUUGGUAGUUUUCUAUCACCACUAUGCAGAUGUACAUUGCCAACUGUGAGCUCGCUACUUUCCAAGGUACAAAACACUUGGCGGUUUGGGAUUAUUCAUCAUUACAUAAUGUAACACAUUAUCAGUGAUGUUUCUGGCACCAAACUGCAAUAAAGCUUUUCUAAAUGUU